UCAACCGGUGGUUGGUGGUCUGGCUGACCGGUAAUCUCCCAUUCCCGUAACAGAAGUAUAGCAUGCCAGAAACGGGGAGUUGAGGUUCCCCUCUGUGCUCCCAGCAAUUGAGCCUAUGGUUCCAUUCCUGUUGAGAAUACCUCGACCCACGACAUUACGACAAGAGCGGCUUACACAAUUCGAUCCGAAAAACAGGUGCCGAGGCAUUUAUCUACAGCAGACACCUGCUACGCACCACUGGUGGACGGACGCACUGGAUAGGCGUCAUCUUCCUGAUUCCUCUUCCUGCCACUUACAUGGCGUCCGGCACCUUCUUCGCCCUUCUCCUGCUUUCCUUCCUCCUACCGGAACCAUCAUCUUCGUCGUCGUCGUCGUCGGCGGCGGCGGCCAUCAUAUCUAGGUUCCAGGAGUACCUCCGGAUCAACACCUCGCAGCCCGCGCCCAACUACGCCGAUGCCGCAGCUUUCCUUCUCUCUCAGGCGGAGUCCAUCGGCCUCGAAUCCCAGACACUGGAGCUGUCUCCAGGGAAGCCUCUCGUCCUCCUCCGCUGGCCAGGCACCUCCCCGCACCUCCCCACAAUCCUUCUCAACUCACAUACCGACGUCGUCCCCUCCGAGCCCCAUAAGUGGCGACACCAUCCCUUUUCCGCGGCCCUCGACGCCAUGGGCAACAUCUAUGCCCGCGGCUCCCAAGACAUGAAGUGCGUCGGGAUGCAGUACCUCGAGGCGAUUCGCCGCCUCAAGGCCGCCGGGUUCACGCCCCGCCGCACCGUUUACCUCUCCUUCGUCCCCGACGAGGAGGUCGGCGGUCACGACGGAGUGGAGCUCUUCGCGGAGUCGGAGGUGUACCGGAGUAUGCACGUGGGUAUCGUUUUGGACGAAGGCUUGGCUUCUGAGACGGACGAAUACAGGGUUUUCUAUGGGGAGCGGUGCCCCUGGUGGAUGGCGAUCAAGGCGGUAGGGCCGCCUGGACACGGGUCGAAGCUCUACGAUGGCAGCGCCAUGGAAAACCUGCUGAAGAGCUUGGAGAGCAUAUCCAGGUUCAGGGAGUCACAGUUUCAGCUCAUCAAAGCGGGCCUUAGGGCGGAGGGCGAGGUGGUUUCUGUCAAUCCCGUCUUCCUGAAGGCGGGAACGCCGACACCCACUGGGUUCGUGAUGAACCUUCAACCAUCUGAAGCUGAGGCGGGUUUCGAUAUCCGUGUCCCACCUACUGCAGAUCCUGAAGAUCUUGAGAGGCGGAUUGCAGAAGAAUGGGCACCUUCUUCAAGGAACAUGACCUUCGAGCUCCGGCAGUUCAAGCAGAAGGUUCCAGUUUAUGACAAGUUUGGGAAUCCAGUAAUCACUAAAACAGACCGUUCGAACCCUUGGUGGAUGCUACUGGAUAGAGCAGUGAAGAAGGCAGAUGGAAAACUCAGAAAACCUGAGAUAUUUCCUGCAGCAACCGAUGCUCGUUAUUUCAGACAGAAGGGAGUACCAGCAAUUGGUUUCUCUCCCAUGGCAAACACGCCAAUAUUGCUACAUGACCAUAAUGAGUUCCUUAACAGGGGAGUGUAUCUAAAAGGAAUUAAGGUCUAUGAGGCCAUUAUUGAAGCAUAUGCAUCAUAUGAAGAACCAAUUGGGGAUGACGAAUCCUUGGCAGAGCUGUAAUGACAGAGACUCCGCAUACUCUUUCCAACGUUUCAAAAAUAAUUUACUUUUACUUGUUCUGCGAGGGUCACAGGGUUUGUGCAUUCUUACUGGCCGACAAAGAAAACUAAGGAUCGUCGCUGAACACUCUGUACUUUUAAAACAUAGAAUUCGGCUGAAGUUUGUACCUUUCAAUGUCUAGAUGAAGUGGCAUCUUUCUGUUUCA